AUGGGAAUGUGUAAUGCAAAGAAACCUAUAAGAGGUGAAUUACCCCUUAUUUGUGAAAAAGUUAAGGAAAAUCCUAAAUCCGAAAAGAUUUUAAGAGAAAUGAAAGAAAACAACUAAAAUCUCAAUCCUUUCAAGAAUCCAAUACUAUCAAGAAGAAUACAUUCCAUUUCAGUUUAAUAAUCUUUUCAAUAAACACUCCAAUAAACAAUUAAUUCUAAAACAACAGAUCAAAAUCAAUGA